ACUGUGGCGCCGGCGGCAGCAGGUUAGGUUGCGCGCCGCGCACGGGGUGGGAGCGGAGCCCAGGCUGGGAGCAGGCGCCGCAGCCAGCGACCAUGGGGAACGUGUUGGCCGCUAGCUCGCCGCCCGCAGGCCCGCCGCCGCCGCCUGCGCCAGCCCUCGUGGGGCUGCCGCCGCCUCCUCCUUCCCCACCCGGCUUUACGCUGCCGCCGCUCGGGGGCGGACUGGGCGCCGGGGCCAGCGCGGGCCGAGGUUCAGAACGGACGCCCGGGGCUGCAGCCUCCAGCACCGCAGGGGCCGCUGAUGACGGGGCCUGCGGCUGCUUGCCCAACCCGGGCACGUUCGAGGAGUGCCACCGGAAGUGCAAAGAGCUGUUUCCUAUUCAGAUGGAAGGCGUCAAACUCACUGUCAACAAAGGGUUGAGUAACCAUUUCCAGGUGAACCACACAGUAGCCCUCAGCACAGUUGGGGAGUCCACCUACCACUUUGGGGUCACAUAUGUGGGAACAAAGCAGCUGAGUCCCACAGAGGCCUUCCCUGUGCUGGUGGGUGACAUGGACAACAGUGGCAGCCUCAAUGCUCAGAUCAUUCACCAGCUGGGUCCCGGCCUCAGGUCCAAGAUGGCCAUCCAGACGCAGCAGUCAAAGUUUGUGAACUGGCAGGUGGAUGGGGAGUACCGGGGUUCAGACUUCACUGCAGCUGUCACCCUGGGGAACCCAGACGUCUUGGUGGGUUCAGGAAUCCUUGUGGCCCACUACCUCCAGAGCAUCACACCCUGUCUGGCCCUGGGCGGAGAACUGGUCUACCACCGGCGACCUGGGGAGGAGGGCACCGUCAUGUCUCUAGCUGGGAAAUACACACUAAACAACUGGUUGGCAACAGUGACACUAGGCCAGGCAGGCAUGCAUGCAACAUACUACCACAGAGCCAGUGACCAGCUGCAGGUGGGCGUGGAGUUUGAGGCCAGCACAAGGAUGCAGGAUACCAGUGUCUCCUUCGGGUACCAGCUGGACCUGCCCAAGGCCAACCUCCUCUUCAAAGGCUCCGUGGACAGCAACUGGAUUGUGGGAGCCACGCUGGAGAAGAAGCUGCCGCCACUGCCCCUGACGCUGGCGCUCGGGGCCUUCCUAAACCACCGCAAGAACAAGUUCCAGUGUGGCUUCGGCCUCACCAUCGGCUGAGCCUGCGCCCUCAGAUCGCGCCUCCGACCCUCCCCGCAGAGGGCGCCCAGCCCCCUCCUUUCCCUCCCUCCUGGGGGUCGGGGGCAGCGGAAAGGAGGGGGCCACCACCCCGCAGCUAAGGAGGGGUCCUGGGACCGAGGGUUCUGAGCGCAAGCGGUAGCGAGCCCAGAGGGCCUGGGCUGCCCCAGAGGAUUCCGAGUCCGAGAACUUCGAGCCUGAGCGCCAGGGCAGAGGCGGCCGCACAACCUCAGGGAGGAGUGGCGUGGUGUCCCGUGGAGCCGCCCGAGGGGCAGCGAGGAGCGCCCUGCCGCCAGCCCGUCCCUCCCGCCCUCCCCUUUACCCCUCGGUAUAAAUCAUGUUUAUAAGUUAUGGAAGAACCAAGACAUUUUACAGAAAAAAAAAAGAAAA